AUGGCGGAGGAAAAAGUCAAUAAAAAGAAGCAGAAAGCUUUGGCUUUUAGAAAGUCCAAGGAAGAGAGGGAAAAGGACAAGGCAGAGAAGGCCGAGGCCAAAGCUGAGGCUAAAACAGAGGUUAGUGCAUCGAAUGAAAAGAAAAGACUGGCGGACGACGAAUCUCCAGCUGCUAACGGGGAUGAGCCCGUGAAGAAAAAGAGAAAGACGAGAAGGGGAAAGAAAGGAAAAGGAGUCAAUGGCGGCCAAGGCCCGCGGUUCAUUCUUUUCGUUGGAAAUCUUCCCUACGAUAUCCAGCAGGCUGAGUUGGUGUCUCAUUUCAAAAAUGCCAACCCCGACAGAAUUAGAAUCCGUAAGGAGAAAGGAAUUGCAUUUUUGGAGUUUGACAAUGAAGGACAGGAAGUGCGCAGCAAGAUGGACCAUGCCCUUGGAAUGCACCACUCGACGAUUAGAAAACGAAAAAUCAAUGUUGAGCUCACGGUCGGUGGAGGAGGAAACCUGGACAACAGACAGAAAAAGUUGAAGGAGAAGAACGAUAAGUUGGAGGAGGAGCGUAAGACGAAGAAAAAGAAGGAGGAGGGAAACAAGAAGGAAGAAGCUCCGGUAGGAGGUAUGCAUCCAGCACGAGCAGCGUUGCUAAAAAAAUAG